CUGCCGUGCUGCCCUCCUGCCUUGGCUUUUCGUGCCGGCGGGCAGGCGGGGCUGCCCCCCCCGGGUGUUGCACGGGGACGUGUGUUCGCGGAUGAACGCAGCGGCAUCCAGCACGUGGCUUGUCGGACAGUCGCUUGCUCCUCUGUUCGCUGGGGCUGAAGCCUGCGCGCCAGAAAUUCAUUGCUGCCAGUCCUGUGGCAAACCCCCAGCUUCAGACACUUUAUUUGCAAGUACGGUGUCCGCGACAUCUGGGGGCAGUUUUGGCUGUUGAAGAAUGUUGUAUGCGUUUGCCCGUCUCUUGGGGAAAAGCAGACUAUGAGGACAACUAAUAGGAGUUAGAAUAGGGAGAUAUUAGAAGAUACUUAAGAAGAAAAAUGAAACUGAAAUUUUAAAUCACCUACCCCUGCUCACUUACGCCCAUCCCUCGGUGCUGUUAAGUGUCAGUGAUGGAAACCCCCACCCAUAGCACCGUGCACCUGAGCGACUGGCAGAAAAGUUACUUUGCUAUUACUUCUGGCACCUGCACACCCGGACAGAAGGCAGAUGAAUACCGUGCCAAAAUCCUGCAUAUUCAGUAUGCAUGGGCAAACUCCGAGAUCUCUCAGGUCUGUGCUGCCAACCUGUUUAAAAAGUAUGCAGAGAAAUACUCUGCAAUUAUUGACUCUGACAACAUAGAGACUGGCUUGAAUAACUACGCGGAAAACAUUUUGACUUUGGCAAAGUGUCAGCAAAAUGGCAGUGACAAGUGGCAAUCUGCCUUGACAACAGAUAAUGUACUGGAAUUAAAGUGUGUGCAAGAGAGGAUGCAGGCUGGCGGAAAUUUCCAGAGCUCUCAGAUGGCACCAACAGCUGCCUGUGUACUAGCUGAUAAAGAGGUCAGUGCCUCUGCUGCUCUUCCUAAACUCGGUACCUUCAGCAGUGCCGGAGAGACUGAGCUCUGUGCUGCCUCAGCAAAAAGUGCAAGUCGGGGACCAGAUCUCCUUGAGCAUCCCUCAUCUUCAAAGUCUCUUCAAAGCAGCAUGUCUCCUGUUACCAAAACUCUGGAUACGCUUCUUGCUUCUUCGGCCUCCUUAAAUGAACAGGUUCAUACAGGUUCCCAGGCAACUCCGCUAUUUGGAAGUAAAGAAGUGACAAGUAGUAGUUCUCUGAAAAUGCCAGAUAACUGUCAAGACGGACAAAAUUUGUCUGUUUCCAAUCAGUCAGUUGUACCUGCAUGGUCCACAAGUUCUGGAAAAAGAAAAGCGUUUUACGGUCUGGCUGAUGAAGGCAGCACGGUGACUCCUAGCCUUGCUCCCUGCCAGGCUUCCGUUAGUACAGAAACCAGUAGUUUAUCAAGGUAUAGAAACAGAAAUGAAGAGAGCAGUGUUCCCGGUUUUAGAACUGCAAAGGAACAGCUGUGGGUGGAUCAGCAAAAGAAACCUCAAAACCUACCCCAGCGCACACCAGUCUCUUCAUAUGGCGGUGUAAAAAAAUCGCUGGGUGCAGGCAGGUCUCGGGGUCCAUUUGGCAAGUUUGUUCCUCCGGUUCCAAAACAAGACGGAAAUGAAAACGGAGGAGCACAGCGUAAACCUGGUGCAAGAGGACCAGCAGAUCCAUCGCUGCCUGUAGAUGAACGACUGAAAAACAUAGAACCAAAAAUGGUUGAACUCAUUAUGCACGAGAUCAUGGACCACGGGCCUCCUGUCAACUGGGAUGACAUUGCCGGAGUUGAAUUUGCUAAAGCUACUAUAAAAGAAAUAGUAGUCUGGCCUAUGCUGAGGCCAGACAUCUUCACUGGGUUACGUGGUCCUCCUAAAGGAAUUCUUCUCUUUGGCCCCCCUGGGACCGGCAAGACUCUUAUAGGCAAGUGCAUCGCGUGCCAGUCUGGAGCCACUUUUUUUAGCAUCAGUGCCUCUUCUCUGACUUCCAAAUGGGUAGGUGAGGGGGAAAAGAUGGUCCGUGCGCUGUUUGCUGUGGCACGAUGUCAACAGCCAGCAGUGAUUUUCAUUGAUGAAAUCGAUUCUCUGUUGUCUCAGCGUGGAGAUGGGGAGCACGAGUCAUCGAGAAGAAUAAAAACUGAAUUUCUGGUCCAGUUAGAUGGGGCAACAACCUCCUCUGAAGAUCGUAUUCUCGUGGUUGGAGCAACAAAUCGGCCCCAAGAAAUCGAUGAAGCUGCGCGAAGGAGACUAGUGAAGAGACUCUACAUUCCUCUCCCGGAAGCCUCGGCUAGGAAGCAGAUUGUUACCCGUCUAAUGUCAAAGGAGCACUGCUCUCUAAAUGAAGAGGAAAUCGAACUCAUAGUUGAGAAAUCGAAUGGAUUUUCUGGGGCAGACAUGACCCAGCUCUGUAGAGAAGCUUCUCUGGGCCCUAUCCGCAGUCUUCAGUCCAUGGACAUUGCAACCAUCAUGCCAGACCAAGUGCGGCCUAUCGCUUUUCUGGACUUCGAGAGUGCCCUCAGAACCGUGCGGCCCAGCGUCUCCUCAAAGGACCGAGAGCUGUAUGAAACCUGGAACCAGACAUUUGGCUGUGGCAGAUAAUUGCAUCCUGUUUUGCAGAAACAUUUCUUUAGUGCUGUCACGUAUUAAACCCAUGAUAAUUCGGAGUGUCUGCACUUCUUUAUGUUUCUGUCUUCGAAAAAAGUCUUCUUAAUGUUAUGCAGGCAGACGUUUGGGCCCUGGCCUGAGGUUUUGCCAGCUGAAAAGACCAUGAGAAACUGCUGGUCAGUCACAAUGUGAGAAAUUGCUGAACACAAGUAACAGAGUGAGAAGCUGACAGAAAUCACAGAUAGCUGCUGUGAAGGAUGGACGAAUUUCACAGAUGUUUAAGGGGAAGGUGGUCAAACCUCCCAUACAAUCAAAGGGACUACUCUGGGGAAUCUUGCAAAGCCCACUGUGCAGUAUCAGUAAUACCCUGCAAGGCUGAGGGGACCUGGCUAAUGUUGUCAGAAAUACCAGUUUGGGGUGGGGAUGUAGCAAAACUAGGACUGAUGGGGAAAAGUAGUUUGGGGCACAUUGUUUGGGAGGAGGCAAGAAUGGAGGAAGGAAAGGGUCAGGGCGGAUGUGGGAAGAUCAAAGGGUGCUGAUAGGGGAUGGUCUCAUGGAAGCAGUGCUCUUGUCUGUGCUACAUCACUGCAGUCUGCCCCAUCUUCUCAUUAAAUACUUUUUCUGAUGA